AUGAUGGAACACGACCCCAAAAUAAAUCGUGACGAGCAAUAUCCACUGCUGAAAGUGGAAGAUUCGGAUGGAGGAGGUGAUACUAAAACUCGAAUGCCUGCUUCUCCUACCGUAGUAACAACUAGUUGGAGUAUGAAUCAUAGUGCCCCCUCAUUGAAGCAGUCUUGGCUUGACCGCUGGCCAGAAUUUAUGUCCGCCUGUUGGAUGACCCUUAUUUUAUUGGCAAUAUCAUUCCUCGUAUUUUACGCUCUAGGAAUGAGUGCUUAUCGACGCCAACCCGUCAUCGUAUUUAAGUGUAAUAAUUCGAAGCCAGCUAGCGAUGUUUACUUCCAUCAUAUAGUAUCCAAAGGAUCCUACAUUCCUUUCGCUAUAUUCUCUGAAUAUCUUUCCACGAUGGCUUCGCAAUAUCCAUAUUUACGUUUUAACGUUUAUUUUCUGGUUGAUGAUUCAAAUUUAGCACAAACUGGGAAGAGGUCGAGACUAUUUAAACGGCUCGUUCCAGCGAUACCUGGGACCCUCAACGUGAUCGUAGAGCAAAGCAAUAAGCGUGAGAUUCGAGACUUUCAACGGCGUUAUCAAAACGUAAAUGUUACAAUAAUGCCUCUCAGUAAAUAUAUGGGGAGAACACCGCUAAGAUACAAGUGGAAGAAUAUUCCUCUAAUGUAUCUGCCAUUCUAUGCAAGAAUUUUUUCGGUGUGGCAAACUGGUGGAAUUGGAAUGGAUCUGCUCACCUUCAAUAACAUGUUCAAUAGUCGACAAAAUACUAACUACAAACUUAAUGCAAUUUUAAAGCAGCAUAACGAUGGUAUUGAGACAGAAAAGUAUGUUGACAUAUUAAAUUCUAUGGACCAUGAUGACGAAAACGAAAUAUUUUCGCUUUUUUAUAACGUAGUUAACCAUAUUCUUAAUCAGACGAGCUCAUUCUUUAAUUUAGAAGCUAAAUCGGAAUUUAAAACCAUUGAAGAAUCGCCCUUGAUAAGAACUCACAGAAGCAAACGAGAAAUUAGGGAAAAUCCUAAGUUAGAUAAUUAUACACCUAAUGUCACGGUAAACAGUAGCGACGUUUUAAAGGACUCUUUACUUGAUACGACAUUAACGCCUCAUUCGAAUCUAACGGAAAACGGUAACGAGACCAAUAUACUUCCUGCGCCUAUUGAGAAUUCCAUGGCAAACAAUAAUGUUUCUAAGUUUAAACCUUCGAAAGUUCCGGUUGAUUUUCCGCAAGUGUUGAUAUUAUAUGACUUCUUAAUAACUGACGAUAUUGUUCCAUCUUAUCCACUGCCAUUUGCGUCAAUGUCAGCCGAUCAACCAGCACCGAUGAAAAUCACAGAGUUUAAGAAGCUAUCAAAACGCAACAAGCAAAUGUCCAACCACCUCUCUGUAAGUUCUGAUGGCUUAUUCGUUGCGGCAUCGAUGUGCUAUCACCCAUUUCUAGCUCAGCUUCUCUCAACCGGGUGCAAACGGGAAAACCCUACUAUCGCUAUCAAAGACACCCUUAUGAGCCAAUGCUCGACGUUUUUGCGGGACGACGUCUAUUGUGACAAUAUUCACGUUCUUAAUACUGUUUUUUAA